AUGGUACAGACGCAAUUCUGUAAGAAGGUCAAGUUCGUGCGACACGACGGAGCUCGCGAGUUUGCAACCAACUCGCUUCAACUGUUCUACGAAGACGAAGGCAUUGAACAGCAGACAACGGUGCCGUAUGCACAUCAAACAAACGGAACAGCAGAGCGUGCCAUUAGGACUAUUGUCACGAUCGGCCGCAGCAUGCUUCAUCAUGCCAAACUGGACAAGUGUUUCUGGGCCGAAGCAGCGAUGACGGCCAUCUACGUCAAGAAUCGACUGCCGUCACCUAAAGUCGUGCACAAGACCCCGUUUGAGAUCGUCUACAACUUGAAACCAAGCGUCAAGCACAUGCGAACAUUCGGGUGUCAGACAUACAUACUGACGCCUAAAGAGAAUCGACUCAAGUGGGAUCCAAAGGCUCGCGCUGGCAUAUUCGUGGGCUACGAAGAAGUUUCGAAGGCAUAUCGUGUUUAUGACAUCGAGGCGGGGCAGGUGGUUAUCAGCCGCGAUGUCAACUUCGACGAGUCCACCUUUGGACUUCAACUGCCGAUCACUGAUGAAGAUGUCGAUGACCUGGACUUCGAAUUGCUGGAUCUUGAUGACGAAGAGCUGCGUCAAAUGGAGUACAAGCAAACAGGCAAGCGCAAGAACCGACUCAAUGAUGAAGAUACAGCAGCUCCACGACCGCGUGCAGUGCGUCAACGACCAGGACUAGAAGAGUCAAGCGCGCCGGAAAACAACUCGUCACGACAAGAAGAAGACGAAGAAACGAAGGAUUCUGGUGAUCCAACACCGCCUGUGUUUUGGCGUGCGAGUGCAAAUGCCGUUGAAGCAGCAGUGGACUUAUCAGAACCCUCAACAUUUGAAGCAGCAGUAAGCGGCCCUGACCAAGUGCACUGGAGAAAAGCAAUUCAUGCAGAGCUCGAGUCAAUGCGACUUCGCGGUGUGUUUCGUGCAGCCAAGCUGCCCAACGGACAACGCGCCAUUGGCACAAAAUGGGUGUUCAAGAUCAAGCGCAAGGCGGAUGGGUCAAUCGAGAAGUACAAGGCACGACUUGUGGCCAAGGGUUUCCGCCAAAAGUAUGGCAUCGACUACACGGAGACGUUUUCGCCUGUGGUCAAGUAUGUGACGCUGCGAAUGGUGAUCGCAAUUUCCAAGCAUUUUGGAUGGCCCAUCGACCAGCUUGAUGUGGUGACAGCUUUCCUGUAUGGCGUCAUGAAGGAACAAGUGUUCUGCGUGAUUCCUGAAGGCGUCGAACUUGACAGUACGUUCGACUGCCUGGAAUUGGUGAAGUCAAUUUACGGCCUCAAGCAAGCGUCGCGAGUGUGGAACGAGACGUUCGACGAGUAUGUGUGCUCCAUCGGAUUUCAAGUAUCGGACUUCGACCCAUGUCUCUACAUCAAGACUUCGGACGGCCAUUGCGUGUUUAUACUGGUCUACGUGGACGACGUCUUGGUGACUGGAAGCUCACUCGAGCUGAUUGCACAAACCAAGAACGACCUGAAGACGCGGUUCGAAAUGACGGACAGCGGCAAGUGUGCGUUUGUUCUUGGGAUCGAGCUUUUGGACGGUGAAGAUGGCAGUGUGACACUAUGUCAGCGUCGGUAUGUCGAUGAUAUCCUCAAGUGCUUUGGCAUGGAUGAUUGCAAGGCAGUCGCAAGUCCAGUCGACAUGAGCUCUCGACUUGUUUCAAGUGAUGCAACUACCAAGGUCGAUGCUCCUUUUCGCGAAGCUGUUGGUGCGUUGAUGCACCUGACCACUGCAACGCGUCCGGACAUUGCGUUUGCUGUGGGCUAUGUGUCGCGGUUCAUGGAAAAUCCCCAAGAAGAACACUGGGUUGCAGUUAAGCGUAUCUUUCGCUACCUACUGUUGAAAGUGCAUGAUGCACUGGAUUCGACUCCAGAGAUUCGACCCAUGAUAGGGUAUGUCUAG